AAUUGGUAUUAAAUUCACUUAUUAAAUUCUCGAACUCUCUAUUCGAUAUUUUCUAUCUUCUGUUUUGACGAAUAGCGUGCGGCGUCUAGUUCGCACAAACGUCAUCGUGAUCGUUUUCCUAUUCGUCGAAAUGUUAAGAGAAAUACAGAUGACGGAAUAGAAGUGAGUGUGUCAAUGAAAAUAAAAGUGGGAAAGAUGUGCUGUCGUGGUGCGACGUUUACCGUACUUUCGUUAUUUCUGAUAUUAUUCUGCGAUACGACGUCAUCAGAAUGCACGCAAUUGAUGCCUUGCUUUUGUUCGCUGCCGGACGGUUCUUAUUACAAUUUGAUCGCCCUCGCUAGUUCAGAACCAUUAACGGAUACUAAGUAUAACCUGACAGCAUAUUUUCAUCCAUGCACAAAUAGAAAAAUAAAAGUGAACGAGGACAACGAUACAACAUGUUCUAACGGAACUGGAGUAUCGCUAUGUAUGUAUGAUUUUAGAAUUCUUAAGAAUAAGAAUAAAAAUGAGACACUAAAUUUUGGAACUAUAGAAGAGACCAAACUAAAAUUGUUAGAUUCAAACAAAUAUCCAGUCUUUGAAAUGCAACAUGGAGGUAUUAAGUCGAUAAUAAAGAUUGUGUGUCAUUCAGAUAAAGAAACUUAUUUUGGAAUAGAGCCACCUAUUAAUUCUAAAGAAUAUGAAUUUACACUGAGAUCACCAUAUGGAUGUAAAAUAAUACCAAAGUCAGAAACCAAAGGAUUAUCUACAGGUUCUGUCUUGGUUAUCUUGUUCUUCACUUUUACUGGCUUAUAUUUCUUUGGUGGUAUUAUAAUACUGAAAACAUUAAGGGGAGCAACAGGCUGGGAAAUGAUACCCAAUCUUGAUUUUUGGAGCACACUUCCAUCGCUAGUCAAAGAUGGCGUUGUCUUUGUCUUCGGUUGUUGUCGAGGGAACACUUACGAAAGAAUAUAAUAAUUUGUUCAAAUGGUUCGAUUUAUAUUUAUUAAGCGCGCAACGUGACUGCAAUUUAGUGUAUUAUAAGUAGUUUAUUUGUAUUGCAAAUAUUUUUUCUAUUCCUAUUCCUAUUUAUAUCACUAUAAGAUUUUGCAUACUUAUCUGUAGAGUUUAUAAUAACAUAUUUUGUGAUAUAUAUUAACUUAGUGAAACAGUGACCAAUUUAUUUGUACUAUAUCUCUAAUGCUGAUAUUUUUGUUGCUAUGAUUAUCUGUCAUUUUAGUAAGCGCAAUGUAUAUACAUUGAAAAAUGUGAUACUCCAUUAUGCUAUGUCACGUGCCAAUGUUACCUUUUUAUAAAUCAUUAGACAUUUAAUUUAAUUUCAUGCAAAAUUAGUUUCUAUAUUUGUAAUUGUUAUUGCGAGCUGUACAAUGAUUACUGAGGAAUGAAAACUUAGAAAAUAUCGAUUAUACAUCAAAAAGAUCAUUGAUCUUUUUGGAUAUUGGAUGCGUGCUUAUUACAAAGUACAGUCCAACAUAAAAAAUGAUGAUAAAAGCAAUCGUAUAUCAUGUAAGCUAAUAUAAAUUAUAUAUGUUUGUAGAACAGUAUAUUUUGACACUGCAAGGGCCUAAAUGCUAAAGUCGAUCACGAAUAUACUAUUUUUCAAGUAAUUCUCUAUAAAUAUAUUUUUAUAAACCAUUUUUGCUAACACUGAUGAACCACGUGGGUAUGAGAUUAGCUUUUUCUACAAUUAGAAUAGUUCUUAUCCUUUUUAUACAACAAAUUAUUCAUUUAUGCUUUUAGACCCUUGUACAGUCAGUAACGACAUGGCAAAUGGUGAUUUGAUAAUGUGAUGUUUUAUUAACAACUCUCUAAUAAUACAAAAAUAUAAAUAUC